UACAGAAACCUAAAUUGGGGACACAUGGAUUUUGUAUACAAUGACAUCAUUUUUAAAAUGCGUCCUUGUAUCAUGCUUAGGACGUUCUAGUUUUUUUCCCAAACACGGGGGAGACGGGAGAGCAUGGUAAACUAAGGCGCCUACCUCUGAGUUUGGUAAGGUCCCAGGUUCGAUUCGAGGAAACCCAGACAUAGAGAACAAUAAUAUAGAAGUAUAUAUAUCAGUCUCCCAAAUCACGGCACUUUGCAGCAAAAUUGAAAGGGAAAACCCUAAAUUUUCACUUUCCCGGGUUCUCCAAAAUUUCCCUCUCUAAGUUUCAAUUUCCCACCAUGAAAUCUCGCCAAAUUCACUUUAGAAAUCACCCCGUUCAUUUACUCAAACCGAGGUAUCAGAGCAGAAGAAAAAAAGAAAAAAGAAACCGAGUUUUAUCAAUGUGCUCUGAUGCUUAAUGACCCAUCGAGCAUCACUGACUUUGAUCCAUAGCUUUUCUUCCUUGCAUAGUCUUCUUUUGCUGUUCUUAAGUGCUCAGGCUGUCUCUGGCUCCAGUAUGCUCAUAGAGUUCUCAACUCUGAAAGGUACCAUCAUGCCCAUCUCCUUUACGUUUUGGGAAGGACUGAAAGAUGACGCCUGAUUCUAGGAAAGUUGGGACGGGGAUGGCAACAUCCCCAUCUCCUUUUCUCACGCCUCGGCCCGAAAAGCGGCGUGGUACUCUUGAUUGGAAUUCGAAUCACAAGGAUAAGGAUAAGGAAGUUAAUGUGCAAGUUGUGCUCAGAUGCAGGUCAGUUUUUUUCUCUCUUGAUUUUACAGUUGAUGGUUUGAGUAUUGAUUGUUACGGUUUGAUAAUGACUUGAAAUCUCUAUGAAUAUGUAUGGGUGUUUAUUUGUUGGGUUAGAUUCAUAUUUGAUUGCUAUUGGUAAUCUGGAAUUGGGUUAUAGUUAUAGCCAGCAGCUUUGUGAUUGGUAACUGGAAAUAUUUGUGGGGUUGCUAAUUGAUUUUCAACUUGCUGUGUUCUUAAUGAAGUAGGGAGGAACUUGCAGUUCAUUGUCACCAAUUAGAUUAUAGUGUGUGAGACUUGAUAUGGUUUUUGACGUGUGGACCAUGGAAAUGUUUGUUUGUUCUGGUUUGGCAUUGAAGUUUGUUUGUUCUGCUCAUAGAGGCACUAUUUACUUUUGUUGCUCUGUUUUGUUUUGCAGAGUCUAUCAUAUGAAGUGUUUUCGUAUUUCAAAACAACCAUUACUUCUUCCUCACCAGCUCAUCCAGAAUUCAUAUUUCUGCAAGAACCAGGUAUUGUUCUCUCUAUUCCUCGAUGUACAUUUGUAUUAUUUUCGAGUAUUUUGUUAUAGUAAUUUUUAACUAGCUUUAUUGUGCAACUAUCAAGUAACCUACUAUCUGUGAGUUUAAGAAUCGAUUUUGUUGAGUUGUCACGUAUCUUUGUAUAAGAAAUGACUUAUAUUGAAUCACAGGUUUGACAUGUUAUUUCCAUUACAUACUUCAAUUUUACAUUUUUAUCAUUUCGCACUGGUAAUUGAUUUCAAUCAAUUUUCAAAUUCCUGAUGGAUUUUCUUAGUUUUUGUGGACCUCGCCGGAAUUGAGUUUGUUUGCUCACAAUUUUAUGAUUAGAAGUAAAUUUCAAGCUAAAAUUGCUUCAGAAGUGACUAAAUCGGAGUUAUAAUGGAGCGAUGAGAUUUGUGUGCGGUGAUUUCUCAGGGAAUCAAUGUCGGAGAUGUUUAGAAGCUUCAGGACGCAGGGAUCUACACCUGCAAUGGCUUGACGAUGCACACCAAGAAUAACUUGACUGGAAUUAAAGGUUUAUCUGAGGUCAAAGUCGAUAAGAUUUGUGAAGCUGCUGAGAAGAUUGUGAUAAUGAAUUUUAUGUGUGCUUGCUAUCCAUCAUAUCGUUCUUUACAUAGGCCAAGUAAAAAUGAGACACUUGAAGUUGGGGAAAACAAAAUUCUUGAUGCUAAAACUGGUUCAGCAAGCAAGAGGCGACGUAGUACCAAGACUGUUAAAAGUGCAGAAAUCAUCAUUUAACAGGUGUGCUCAUCUAUAUAUCAUGCGAUCCCAAUAUUACAAUGUCAGGUGGUUUCACCUUUUCUUGGUAGGGUCUGUGCUGCUGUGAAUAAUAUUCUUUAGAAAAUGAAAGUUGAGAUAAGGUAAGUUAAAUUUCCACUGUAAAGUUGGAACAAUUUUAUAUUACCUUUACCUCUGUGUUACAGUUCAUUGAACUAACACGAAUCAACAACCAUAUCUUUGUUUCUUUUCAGUUAAGGAUACUUCAAUAUGCACUGGUUGAGUUUAUGUUGGUUUGGCUAGGGGUCAACUUUGUUCUGUACCAUUUUUUGUUUUUCAGUUUAUAUGUUCUGUACCAACUCCAUCUUGUGGAGUUGUUGAGUGGAGCAAGUGGAUAAUAUGAUGAGUUUUCCUGCUAGAAGAUCAGAAGUGUUUCCAAGUGUUUCAGCAACUUACAAAUCAAAGAUUGUAUAAAACUAGUAAUUUGCAUUAUAAACUAUAAACCCGCAAGUAGAAGCAGUAUUAGGAAUACUUGGGACAUAAUCAAGAUUCAAGAACUAACCGAGAUUUGGUCUUGCUGUGGCAGUAUUAUGAAUUUGACUGCUUCUCAGAGUCAACCAGUUUCUUAUAUUAACUGCCUUUCAAAAUAUCAAAUUGCAAUGUUUCAGUUCUUAUUUCUUCAACUCUGAUUCCAUAUAUAUAUGCAGUGGUAUAGCGUGCAGGAGGUUCAAAAGUCAUGUUAUGCAACUUGAAGCCCUAUUGAGAGGAGUGGCGCCAAUGUUGACAGCAAUAGGUUUGGUUCCAUCAUUUCUAGCAACAGAUUUUGAUUAUGGCUUAUUAGUUUACUCUACAAGUAAGGAAUGUUGCGUGGUCUGAAUGAUUUAGAUGCUUGUGUGUUUUGAUGUGGACAUCCAUAUGUGGUUGCAUCUAUUAAGUUUUGGAUUAAGAUGCUGCUAUGUAGUACGUUUUGUAAUGUAAUCGAUUAAUAGUAGUGUUAUAUUGCUCACUUGCACUAAUGUAAAACUUUUGAUAUCAGGUUGAGGACUAGCAAAAGAAAGAUCAAAAGGCCAAUAAAGUACAUUAACUACCAGGAUUAUACACGGUAAUUACUUUUGCUUAUGUCCUAAGUUUGGGAUCGUAGAGAUUACAUUUCGAAAUAUGACUGCUCUACAAGGGCAAAUAACAUAGUUCCAGAUGGAACUUUGUUUUGCUUCUUUCUUUUGCCUCUGCCACAAUUCAUGAUUUGCCUUAAGAAAAUUUGUCUUAGUUAUUAUGGUAUAGGUGAUAUGUGGGCUGAGUUUCAAAUAAGUUUAUAGCUUAGAAAAUGGAAUCAAUAAUACCGUGGUAUGGUAUUUAUGCAAUUGAGAACUUUCUAUGAAAAGGCUAGAAGGUUUUUGGUGCCAUGGCCUCUACUUAUUACGUUCUAAAUUUUGCUUGUGUUUCCAAACAACUGAUCUUGUAAGCUCUUUCACUAAUAAUUUGCUUACUGUCUCCAACUAUGUGUGAUUCAAAUUCAUUUAUAUAUAUGUGGGAAUUUGAUUUUGUCAACCCCAUAAAGAAAAUGCAGUAAUAUAAGUUCUCUUCUUAGUCGAAUUGAGUGGUAAAGCAUAUAUUUCUUCUCUGUUAAUUGAUAUUAUGCAAUCUUGACAAGAUUGGACAACUAUCUACAACAAUAUUGUUGAUUUUCUGGUAUAAGUCUUGUGAUUGAAGACUGAAUUUUCUGCUUUAGUCAUAUUGUUGAUUUUCUGAAACUAUUGUAAUGUAGGUACUUCUAUGCAUCAAUUUUAGCUUCACGAGUAUUAAAAACUAAAAAGACAUGCUAAGCAGCAGCUUGAGUUUCUUCAAGUGUUUCCUCUUCGUCAUCAGUCUAUAUACAUGUUCCACGCUCAUGAUGCUCCUCUAGGUAACUACUAUUAAAACUGUCUUUUUGUACAAUGAUUUGAGUUUUGUAAUUGAUCUUUUUGGUAACUUUUUCAGUUUUAUAGAUAAACUACAUUUAGGUGGUUCCAGACUUCCAGUGCUAUCUGAUCAUGGAAGUCCUAUUGUAGGUGGAGGGUUCCUCUGUACAUUACUUCAGAAUGUUGUGCUAUUUGUUUUCUUUAGAUAAAGAUUUGUACAAUUGUAUGUAUGUCUAUUGUCAUCUAGGAUUAGAUAAGAUUAGAAUGUAUAACUAGGAAUCAGUUACUAGAAUGUGCUUGUAGUCAAGUAUAUUGUAACAAGUAAUAGAUACAAUAACGUUUGUUUUGGGAUUGUAAAGAUUAUUUGUAUGUAAAUGUCUUCUUUUCAUUUCAA